CCCAGAGCCUCCUCCCAGGCUGGGGAGAUGCUGCCUUGUGAGACUAUGGAAAGCGAGGAGAGGGCAGAUUCAGAAGAGAGAGAGGACAGUUCUGUAGAAGAUCCAGGAGAAAUCAUCACUCUGGCUUUUGUGAAAGAGGACACUGAGGUACAGAAGGGGCUUCAGAAUGACCAUCAAGAAGGCAAGAAAAAGAAGAAGAAAAAGAGAUGAUUGGUGAUCAAUCUCUCCAACUGCCGAUAUGAGAGCGUGCGCAGAGCUGCCCAGCAAUAUGGCCUUCGAGAGGGAGGGGAAAAUGAUGACUGGACUCUCUACUGGACAGACUUCUCGGUGUCACUGGAGCGGGUGAUGGAAAUGAAAAGUUACCAGAAAAUCAACCACUUCCCUGGGAUGAGUGAAAUCUGCCGCAAGGACUUGCUGGCCAGAAAUAUGAGUCGCAUGUUAAAGAUGUUCCCCAAAGAGUUUCACUUUUUCCCCAGGACCUGGUGUCUUCCUGCUGAUUGGGGAGAUUUGCAGAACUACAGCAGGUCAAGAAAAAAUAAGACAUAUAUUUGUAAGCCAGAUUCAGGCUGUCAAGGGAGAGGUAUAUUCAUCACGCGGAAAGUGAGAGAAAUCAAGCCAGGGGAGGAUAUGAUCUGUCAGCUCUAUAUUUCAAAGCCCUUUAUCAUCGAUGGGUUCAAAUUUGACCUCCGAAUUUAUGUGCUAUUGACAUCCUGUGACCCUCUCAGGAUUUUUGUGUACAACGAAGGCCUGGCCCGCUUUGCAACAACGUCUUACUCCUACCCGUCCACAGGCAACUUGGAUGAUAUCUGCAUGCACCUGACUAAUUAUUCCAUUAAUAAGCACAGUUCAAAUUUCAUUCAAGAUUCUCACUGUGGCAGCAAGAGGAAACUCUCCACCUUCAACGUCCACAUGGAGACUCACGGCUACAACGUGCAACAGAUAUGGAGGGACAUUGAGGACGUCAUCAUCAAGACGAUCAUCUCAGCCCAUGCAAUCAUCAAGCACAACUACCACACUUGCUUUCCCAACCACACCCUCAACAGUGCCUGCUUUGAAAUCCUCGGCUUCGAUAUUUUGUUGGACCACAAGCUCAAACCCUGGCUGCUGGAGGUCAACCACUCUCCAAGUUUUUCCACCGACUCCUGGUUGGAUAAAGAGGUGAAGGACAGUCUGCUGUACGACACCUUGGUUCUGAUCAACCUGGGAACCUGUGACAAAAAGAAAGUCUUGGAGGAGGAGAGACAGCGGGGGCGGUUCCUGCAACAAUGUCGUUCCCGGGAGAUCAGGAUUGAGGAAGUCAAGGGUUUCCAGGCUGUUUGGUUAGCUAAAACUGAAAAGUAUGAGAAGGAAAACCAUGGAGGAUUUAGACUGAUUUAUCCCACUCUGAAUUCGGAGAAGUAUGAGAAAUUCUUUCAGAACAACAACUCCCUCUUCCAGAAUACUGUUGCUUCCAGGGCUCGAGAGCUAUACACCCGGCAGCUGAUCCAGGAGCUGAGACUAAAGCAAGAGAACAAACCCUUACGACCAAAAGAGAAGAAAACAGAGAUGCAGGGGGAGUCAGCUGGCGAACAAGUUCGGGACAAGCCCAUGAGGAAGUUGCGGCAGAAACAGCAGCAGCAGCAGCAGCAGCAGCAACAGCAGCUCAAAGACACUGCCUGCCCCCCUAAACAACCAUUGGCAUUAAUGUCCUGCACACCUGACUUGCUCUUGAGUGCCAACGAUGCAAAGGAAAAUGAGACAGACCGCAGCCUCAAGCAGGAGGCGCCAAAGCCGGAGGCUGACCCUGCUCUCCCGAAGCCUGUACUGUCUGCGAGGCAGUGCAUCUCUGUACCCAACUUAAACACUCCAAGCCUCAGUGACCUCAGCAUGGCGCUCUGUGCACCUCUCCUCAGGAUCCACGGGACCAAGUCCGCCUCUGCAGUGAGCAUAUUCACUGGCACUAUGCACUUAACCUUAAUAGAAACCUCUUCAUUACCCACCCGCCAGGUCUCAACCUCUCCAGAGACUUUGCCAAAUAUGAUCCUGACAGCCAAUUCUGAGCGCAUGAGCCCAGAGAUGAACAGGAUGGUCUCUUUUCAAUUCAAGAGGCAGCAGAUCCCCCAGGAAAAAGUACCCAAACCUUCUCUGCCUAUAAAACCCCAAGGCUUCUGGGGACACGCAAACUCAAACUGGGCUUUGGAAAAGAAUAACAUGAGGGAACAGCAUCUGAUGUCAAAUCUCUUCAACAAAUUUCCACUGAGAAAGGACUUCUCCUGGUUCCCAGCUCACUGCAAACCAAAGGUGGUUCUGCGUAACCAUCCAAAAAAUCCUUUCGUGCACCAGGAGUCUCACUCUCAAAGUCAAAGCUCUGGUGAGAAGAGGCAGCUGGACAUGCCCUCCCUCCUCCUCAUGCAGAGUGGUCCCCAAAAUGACAUUGCUCUGAAUGACCUGCUGGUUAUUGCCACUCCAGCCCGACUGGAUCCAAGGCCUGCUAGAAGCCAUACAGGUGCCAUGAGGAACCGAUGUGUAUCAGCUAAGGAAUCAUACAGACACUCACUGAUCUCUGGCCAGAAAGGGUGUGCAAGAAACUAG